CUGGUCAAUGGUACUGGGUAGUGUCACUUACUGUCAUAUUGUGGUAUAACAAGAAGAAAAUCAUACAGCAAGAUUACCGAUUGUUUCGUGUCGUGAAUGCUCGUAAACAUUCGCCACACUAUCGUUUCCCGCCCAUUCCCGCCACAUUUGUCCGUAAAAUUUAUUAUGAACCGGGAAAACAGACCAAGAGAAAACAAAAGCAACUUAGACAAUAAAACAAUGGAAUGCAAAAGAACUUGGAUUCAAUGCAGCAAAGACUCGUGUGGAAAAUGGAGGGUUGUUCAAGAAGAAAUUGCAGCGAAAUAUUCAGAUAUUCCAUGGACAUGCGACAUGAACGAAGACGAGUCUUACAACAAAUGCUGUUUGCCUGAAGAGAAACUUAACGCACCGCGUGGAAAAAAGAUUGUCAUAACGAAAUUUCCGUAUGAAAAAGGUGAUAUCAUAAUGGCGAAAAUGACAGGAUUUUCCACAUGGCCAGCUUUCAUUACACCUGAUCCAGAGUGCAAUGAAUAUUACGAUGCCGUGUUGAAUGAUAACGACGAAGAGGAAGAGUUCACUCAUAUUCAUGUGGAGUUUUUUGGUCAACCAAGAAGUCAUGCGUGGAUCAAGUCAGAUAAUGUUUUCCCUUACAAUGAAAACAAUACGACGUCGACGAGUAAAUCAAAGUGGAAGAAAGCAUACGAUGUAGCAAUGGAAGAUGCACUCAGGAGUUUACCUUUGACAUGUGAAGAAAGACUUCAAAAAUGCGUUUUCAAGUAUCCCUGUGUAGAAGCAAAGGACUCGAAAGAGGGUGCAAGUACCCGAUCUGAUAUUAAACCAAAAGAAAAAAAUGUAAACACGAAAAACGCAAAGAAUAACGAAGAAGCGAGAUUUUUUCAAGAAUUUAAAAAUUUUACUAUUGAAAGCGGCGUGGAUGUUGAUAAGGCACAAUCCCCAGUCUGGGGUGGAAAGAAAAUUGGCCUUUUCAAAAUAUUUCAGGCAGUGAAAAACCAUGGAGGUUUUACUGAGGUGUGUAGAAGACAAAUGUGGCUAACCCUGUGGGAAGGUCUGAUAGGAAAAGAUGUUCAAUUGCGCCACAGACCAAGUGGCCAUGUUUUAAAGCAAUUUUAUGAAAGGAAUCUGCUUGAUUUUGAAUUGUAUUGGAAAGUGAAAAAUGCACAAGUAUAUCGCCCAAAAGGAAUGUCAAUAUCAAACAUCGCCCAAAAGGAAUGUCAGGCACAGUCAAACCUACGUCCAUCCAAAAAGAGAGGUAGACCAAGGAAGUCUUUAGAAUCAAUGAAAUUUAAUGUUUCUCUCAAAAAUAUGAUUAGUAAAGGAAGCGACCCGGAAGAACAAUCGCUCCAUUUACCUCAAGCAUCGACUGAGGAAGUAAUGUCAUCAAGGAAAGACAGAAAAAGAAAAUGGAAUAAACAGGAAACAAUUCGAUCAAGUGGAUCUGAUUUCACAUCUAACACGUCUCUGAUCACCUGUGCAUAUCCUGUUGUUAUAGACGUGACUGGCAGUAAUAUUGAGAUGGAAAAACAAAAUAUUGUUCCGUGUCCACCAUCAAAGGAUAGAAAGUUGAGAAAAAGUCAAUGGUUUAUUCCACCACUUCUUCCUUUCAGUGAAGAGAAGCCAAUGGAUAACAACAUGAAUAUAGAUCAGGCUGUGCCGCGGUUUCAAGUUGCAGAUGUAAUUUCUCUGGCAAAUUAUAGUUCUAACACUGCAGAAACUGAUAAUCAUGAAGAUGGUAUCCCUCCUGUGAUAGAGGUUGAACCAUAUCACACAAAUCCUUUGGCUCACAAAAAUAUGGAAAAGGGUAAUUUUAUGCCAGGAAAAUUUUCAAGAGAAGAACAUGUUGAUGCAGUUACUCUAGCAAAUACUUGUCAGUCUGAUACUACAGUAAAUUCAUCUUCCGGAUUACCAAGCAGGUCUUUAAGCUUUCGCGAAUCAAAUAAUGCCAUAGAUCAUGAAACAGGUGCCAGUAGAGAAUCUACUAGAAAAACCGUAACCUCAGAGGAACAAGGGUGUAACAUUACUUUGAAUAAUACCUGCCAAAGUCCGACAUAUGAACCUCAAGAACAUUCUGCGUACAGUGAUCAUGCACAACAACAUGAACUAUGCAAAAUUUCUGGUAUUGAAUAUGUUCCAAGUUCCAAUCCUAAUUCUCCACAAUUUGUGCCAACUGAAGAGGAUAUAGAAGAAGACUGUGGCAUUUCCAUUAAGCGAGAACUUGAAGAAAUGGAGAAGAUCUUGCGCGAUGAAUAUAAUUUUGAUAAGAGAGAGCUGUCCGCAGUCAAGCAUGCCCCGAACAGUGAUGCGACAUUAAAACCUCAAGGAAACGUUGGCAUGGAAAAUACUAGAGAGUCUUCAACGAACGACGUGGUCAAAGAUGCUAUUAACUACAUGUUGAAACUAGAAGACGAUAUCUCGCAAUUGGAGUGUUCAGUGGAUCUCGACUUCCUAUAAUCAUGGUUCGAUCAGUGUUAUCUAG